AUGUCCUCACCGAACCCUGCCUACACAAUCACCUUCCUCCCACCCCCAGGCCCCGCCGUCCUAUCCAUCCCCCGGUCCUCCUCCCCCUACCGCCCCGUCUCCCCCACCGACCCAUCCAUCCCGCACGCCUUCCACGACGCCCUCGCCAUCCGCGACGCCGUCUUCACCAUCGAGCAAAACUGCCCCGCCGACGAAGACCUCGACGCCGAUGACCCCGUCUCCUGGCACUGGGUCCUCUACGACGCGGACGCCGUCCCGGCCGCCACCAUCCGUCUCAUCCCGGCCCAAGCGCACGCCGACGACGGGACGGCGGUCGCGGGGCCGAAUUACAAGGACAGUCGGCUGUGGGAUGGCCAGGAGCCGUAUUUGAUGAUCGGCAGGUUGGCGACCCGGAAGGAGUUUCGCGGGAGGGGGUAUGGGAGGGCGGUGGUGGAGGAGGCGUUGCGGUGGGCGGCGGGGCAUGAGGGGGAGGUGGUGAGGGAUUGGCGGGAUGGGGAGGGCAGGAGGGCGGUGUGGAGGGGGUUGUUGUUGGCGCACGCGCAGGCGGACAGGGAGGAGUGGUAUGCGGGUUUGGGGUGGCGGACUGAUGAGGGGAUGGGGAGGUGGGAUGAGUGUGGGAUUCGGCAUGUGGCGAUGUGGAGGAGGGUGGAGGUUAGAGGGUAG